AUGGGGCUGCUGUCCCAGGGCUCGCCGCUGAGCUGGGAGGAGACCCAGCGCCACGCCGACCACGUGCGGCGGCACGGGAUCCUCCAGUUCCUGCACAUCUACCACGCCGUCAAGGACCGACAAAAGGACGUGCUCAAGUGGGGCGAUGAGGUGGAGUACAUGUUGGUGUCUUUCGAUCAUGAAAAGAAAAAAGCCCAAUUGGUCCUGUCUGGAGAGGAACUUCUUGAAACUCUGCAAGAAAAAGGGGAAAGGACGAACCCAAACCAUCCGACCCUUUGGAGACCAGAAUAUGGGAGCUACAUGAUCGAGGGGACACCGGGGCAGCCGUAUGGCGGGACAAUGUCUGAGUUCAACACGGUUGAGGACAACAUGAGGAAACGGCGCAAAGAGGCCACAUCCCUCCUGCGGGAAAACCAGGCCCUCUGCACGAUCACAUCCUUUCCCAGAUUAGGCUGCCCUGGGUUCACGCUGCCUGAGUUCAAACCCAGCCCGGUGGAAGGAGGCGCUUCCAAGUCCCUCUUCUUCCCCGAUGAAGCGAUCAACAAGCACCCGCGCUUCAGCACGCUCACCAGGAACAUCCGGCACCGGAGGGGCGAGAAAGUGGUCAUCAACGUGCCCAUCUUUAAGGACAAGAACACCCCAGCUCCAUUUAUAGAGACUUUUCCUGAGGACGAGGAGGCCGCGAAGGCCGCUAAGCCCGACCACAUUUACAUGGACGCCAUGGGCUUCGGGAUGGGCAACUGCUGCCUGCAGGUAACAUUCCAAGCCUGCAGCAUAUCUGAGGCCAGAUACCUUUAUGAUCAGUUGGCUACCAUCUGCCCAAUUGUUAUGGCUUUGAGCGCUGCGUCGCCUUUUUACCGAGGCUAUGUGUCAGACAUUGAUUGUCGCUGGGGCGUGAUUUCUGCAUCUGUAGAUGAUAGAACUCGGGAGGAGAGAGGACUGGAGCCACUGAAGAAAAACCACUAUAGGAUCAGUAAGUCCCGAUACGAUUCGAUAGACAGUUACUUAUCUGAGUGCGGUGAGAAAUACAAUGACAUUGACCUGACAAAAGACAAAGAAAUCUACGAACAGCUGUUGCAGGAAGGCCUCGACCACCUGCUGGCCCAGCACGUGGCGCACCUCUUCAUCAGAGACCCGCUGACUCUGUUUGAAGAGAAAAUCCACCUGGAUGAUGCCAACGAGUCCGACCACUUUGAGAAUAUUCAGUCCACAAAUUGGCAGACAAUGCGAUUCAAGCCUCCUCCUCCAAAUUCUGACAUUGGGUGGAGAGUGGAAUUCCGGCCCAUGGAGGUUCAGCUGACAGACUUCGAGAACUCCGCAUACGUGGUGUUUGUGGUGCUGCUCACCAGGGUCAUCCUGUCCUACAAACUGGACUUUCUCAUCCCGCUGUCGAAGGUUGAUGAGAACAUGAAGGUCGCCCAGAAGCGAGAUGCCGUCCUGCAGGGACUGUUUUAUUUCAGAAAAGACAUUUGCAAAGCAGGUGGCAACGCUGUGGUGGACGGCUGUGGCAAGGCCGCAGGCAGCGCAGAGCCAGCAGCCGAGGAAUACAUGCUCAUGACCAUUGACACCAUCAUCAAUGGCAAGGAAGCUGUGUUCCCCGGGCUGAUCCCCAUCCUGAACUCCUACCUGGAGAACAUGGAGGUGGAUGUGGACACCAGGUGCAGCAUUCUGAACUACUUGAAGCUGAUCAAGAAGAGAGCGUCUGGAGAAUUAAUGACAGUUGCCAAAUGGAUGAGGGAGUUUAUCGCAAAGCAUCCCGACUACAAGCAGGACAGUGUAAUAACUGACCAGAUGAACUAUAGCCUUCUUCUAAAGUGUAAUCAAAUCGCAAACGAAUCAUGUGAGUGCCCAGAGUUACUCGGACCAGCGUUUAGGAAAGUAAGGUACAGUGGAAGCAAAACCGACUCUCCCACCUAGACGCCCUGCAGGACGAGAAGCCCUUCCCCGCGUUCCCGGAGAACUGACGGCUGGACCGGCUGUGUGCGCUGUGUGAAGAGCGGGUGGUAAUAGCGCGCUGCCCUGGCAGAAGUGGGUCUAAGCAGACCUAGAGUUUAUACAGUGUACAUGUACAUAGUAAAGUAUUUUUAUGAUUAACAAUGUAUUUUAAUAACAUUGUAUCUAAGGUUCUUCGUGAGCUGGCUUGUACAUUUUUCAAUUCUGACUCUGGAGCAACUACUGUCUGAAGCAGUUUUGUAAAUGUAACUUACCGGUAACUGUACUAUAUCUGCAUUCCAGAGUUUAAAAUGUUUACUGUAAAUUUUGGCUUUUUUUUUUUUUAAGACAUUAACCUAGUACCUGAUUCACUGAACAUUCUGUCACUUUACCUUAAGAACAGGUUGUCCUGCUCAUUUCCUUUGCAUCAUCUCCUUUGGCAUAUGUGUAAAAUCACUUUUGAAUCCACCAAAGUGCUUCAAGGGGAAGCUUGGGGUUCUGGCGCCUUAUCUGUGACAAUUCUCUCAUAAUUUGAAUAGCUAAUCCUUUGGUAACCCUGUCCCAGGCUUUCCCUACUAAAACAAAACCCACUGAACUGAUGGCACUUUUUAUCCACAUUUGCUAAUUUUGGUGUUAAGGUUAAAGACAACUCUGGAAGAAGAAAGACUCUGAGUUCACAUGUAGUGAUUAUUGGGGGUGUUUUUUUUUUAAAGGAAAAAAAUGGGGAAUAUCGUCUUUCUCCUUGUACACAACAAAACUAAUAUCAAAAAUGCCACCAGCUCUUCUCUUGUGGCCUCUGUUUUUUUUCUGAUUGCUGCUGUCUACUUAAAUUUUCAAAUCAAAUGCAGUUGCUGAAGUUUUUGUUACUUUUUCUCUAGUUUCCAAUAAGCAUAUUAUAAACAUUCUUCUAAAAGCCAUUCAUUCUAGAUUUUACCCAAGGAAUAUUCUGCAUACUACUUAGCUUACCUGCAAAAAUCAUGAUAUGCACUAAGUUUUGUGAAUCAGGACCCUAAAUGUUUAAUUGUAAAUAAUUUAAGUUGCACACAAUUGUUAGAGCUUUUUUGUUGAAGUUUUUUUCCAAUUAAUUAAAUGUCUUAACUGCUUCUGAAAUAACUAUGUAUAGUAGAUUAUGCAGACCUUUACAGGCAUAAAUAUUUAAACUGUCAUGCUUAUUUUAAGAAAUUGCCAUAAAGCUUCAGCUAAGCCUGUUUAUGUACUAGAGUUUGUGCUAUAUUUCAUACAUGCAUUUUGGAGGAUAAAAGAAUGCCUGUUUUUCCUUUGCAAUUUGCUUAUGUAAAUUCAGGUUGUAAAAAGGCAGUAAAAUGUUUGUGGUAUGAGGAAAUAAAAGAAUGGAAUUGGCAUUGUGAAAA